AUGGAAUCACAAUUGGAGAAAUUAGCAGAUGAAAUAGCGUCCAGAGAGGAAAUGAAAGGGGUGCUUUGUGCUGAUGAAUCAGGCUUAAAUGUAUGUAGUCGUGGAACACUCAACAAUGCAGCGGGUAAUGCAGCUGUUGAUUUAUUGAAACUUGCUAGCAGUCUGGAACCAAAUUUACCCACAUCAUCCAUUGUCAUUGAGCUUGCAGGUAUCGAUGGCAGUGUACUCUCCAUAACAAAAGAAGGAGCCUUAACAACAGCGAUACAUCGCGCUGACAGGAAGAGUCGUGAUUUUGAUUAG